AUGAUGGUUCAACCUAUUGAACAACCACAAUUUCUUCAAGAACCCCAAUCAUCAUUUAUAUUUGAAAAUCGUCCAGUUACAUUAACGUGUAAAGCAAUUCGUACAAGACAAAUAUUUUUUCAUUGUGAUAAUAAAUGGGUACCAGAACAUGAACAUACAAAAUCAACGGAUCAUAGUGAUAAAGGCACGGUUAUUGUGACAUCAAUCGAUAUUACUAGUUAUCAAUUAGAAUCUCAUAUUGAUCCUGAUGGAUUUAAAUGUUUUUGUCAAGCAUGGUCAGCCACAGGUGGUACAGCCAAAAGUCGUCCAGCUACAAUUGAAAUUGCUUAUCUUGAUAAAAGUUUUGAUUGGGAACCAUUAAGAACAGAUGCUGUUUUGGGUAAAAGUGCCGAAUUACGUUGUCGACCACCGGCUGGUAGACCUUAUCCAAAAGUGAGCUGGCUAAAGAAUGGUCUACCUGUGGAGAUAAAUCGGAGUGGUCGUUUUAUUUUAUCAAGUGAAAAUUCCCUAUUAAUUGGACAAGUAAAACAAUCUGAUUCAGGAAAUUACACAUGUGUUGCAGAAAAUAUAGCAGGAAAAUUUUCAAGUGAACCAGCUGAACUACUAAUACAUGAUGAUCGUGGCUGGUCGGAUUGGCUACCAUUUUCUGAGUGUAAAGGUAUUCCCUGCGGAAGUGGACGUCAGAAGCGUAUUCGAACAUGUUUAAAUCCACCAACAAUCACAAAUCGUCCAAGUUGUGAUGGUGAUCAAAUACAAGAACGAGAAUGUCUAGUGGCAUGUCCAAGUUCACCAUCUCAAUUACCAGAUCAAGACGUUCGUCAAGGAAUUAUUGUGGCUGAUGAGCAAGGAUUUUCUGAUUGGUUCCCAUGGUCUGAAUGUAAAGGCAAUUCGUGUACUAUGGGACAUCAACAACGCCAUCGAGCCUGUAUAAAACCAAACACAAAAGCAUGUGAUGGAGAACAAAUUCAAGAACGAGAAUGUUUUGUACCAUGUUCAUCAAAUUCAUCUGCUCAAAUUUUGUCUGCUAGACAACAACGUCCGACAAAUGUACAACAAUUAUCAUCUCCAUCGUCGUCAAACUGGACCGAAUGGUCGUCGUGUAACAGUGAUUGUCAAAUGAUUAGAACACGUCAAUGCUCUAAUCAACAAUGUGUAAAUAAUGUAGAAACAAAACCUUGUAAAGGAAAUUUAUGUCCGACUCUUCCCGAUUGUAUGACAAGUAAAACGACAAAAGAGCAAAUAUCCCGUGAUGAAUAUCCAUUUUAUUAUUCAAUUCAACAAGAUACCACAUCUACACGUUCAUGUGCAUCACAAAAUGCUUCUCUAACUCAUUCAGAAUCAAUUGAAAAAGAAAAAUUAUUAUUAAAUUUAAAUGAAUUAUCAUCAUCACCAGGCAAUAAUUUACAUCAUCAACUCUAUACACAUCAUAAACAACAACAGCAACAUUUACUAAAUCAAAAUAACAAUAAUAACACAUCAAAUAUUAGUACAACAACAAAUAGUUCAAAUAUUGUACCAGGUGGUGGCUCAUUUCAUCUACUCAAUUAUUGUGGAUUUCAACCAAAAUGUACACCACGAAAUAUACAGAAUAAUGACUAUUCUCACACAACCACCGAUUCAAUAUCUCGAUCAACACCAAGUUCAGUAUUAAAUUCAGUAUAUGAAAAAAUUUUACAAUCAUUACCACAGAAUACAGAUUUAAGAUAUUUUGCCGUGUCUGUGUUGAACAGUAAAGGAUGUAAAGUACAAAUAGCAAAUACAGGUGUUAGUUUAGUAAUACCAGAACAAGCAGUAUUAGAUGAUGAAGAGUAUCUGAUAUUUAUCGCUAUAUUAACUAUUGAUUCUCAAAUGCCUCCACUUACUGAAGCUGAAUCGCGUUUAUCACCAGUCAUUCUAAUUGGACCUUCUGAUAUCACACUGUUAAAACCAGCCGUUUUAUCAUUUGAACAUACAGCAUUAUUAGCUGAUAAUACGUGGCAAUUAAGUUUAAUGAAUGGAGAGUACAAUGAUGCGAACAUCAUUCUAUGGAAGAAAUUAUUAAUUCUUGGACAAGAAAGUAUAUCCAGUCCCGUUUAUGUUCAUAUGGAUCCACAUCAAUGUUAUAUACUGUUGGAAUCUCUGGGUGCUUAUGCUCUCGUUGGUGAAUCAUUACCAACUAAACAUGCUUCAAAAUAUAUUCAAAUGGUAGCAUUUUAUAAUCGUUCAUUGAACGAUGCUAAACAAGUGACAUCAAUAUUAAGAUUACGAUUUAUUGAUAAUACAUCAGAUGCAUUAGAGCGUUGUUUAUCGGAAGAAACAUCCAUGCAUAGUUUUCUCUGUGAUCAACCAAAAUUAUUUUUAAUAGAAGAUGGUUUUGAUCAAAUAUGUAUUAAUGUCGAUUUUGAAUUAUCAAUAUCAUCUCGAAUAAAUAUUGGAUAUAAAGAAAUACCCUUAGAUAUAUUUUGGUCUAGUCGUAUUGAUCGUGCAUGUUUCAUAUUUAUUAUACCCGAUAUUCAGCCUUCUGACAUUGGACAUUUGGCUAUGCAUAUAGAUAUUUAUCAACCACAUAUACUACCGAAUGCUCUACAUACGCGAAUUUCUAUUAAAAACGCGAAUUUAUUUAAUAAUUCACUAUUAGAAAAAUAUAAUACGUCAACGUUAAGAAGUAAUCAUCUUAAACAGAGUCAAAUAUCGACCGAUGGAUUAUUCAGAUUACCACAAAUUAUUCGACAAAAACUAUGUGCGGUACUCGAUCCACCAAAUAUACAUGGAAACGAUUGGAGAAUGUUUGCUCAACGUUUACAUGUUGAUCAUUAUUUACAAUAUUUUGCCACUAAACCCAGUCCUACUGAACAUUUGUUGACGUUAUGGGAUGCUCGUCAUAGUCAAGAUCCAUUAACGGAUAUAAUUAAUUUAUUAAAUCAAAUGGGUCGAUCCGAUGCAGCUAACAUCAUUAUACGGGAAAUGAAUAUUAAUAAUUAG